AUGGACCAAUCCAUCUUGAGAGGGCUCAAUGACAAAAUAUACGAAAGGCGUAAAGCCGCUGCUCUGGAGCUCGAGAAACUGGUCUUAUCGUCUGAUAUUCCUCGCAUAUCAUCGAUAAUCGACCAACUAUGUGGGAUGUUCAGUUCUUCCAACUCGGCUUUACAUACUAGGAAUGGAGGUUUGAUCGGUCUAGCUGCUACUGCCAUAGCGUUAGGUCAAGAUGUUGCUCCGUUUCUGGGUAUAAUCAUACCGCCCGUAUUAGCUUGUUUUCAAGAUCCAGAGUCUAGAGUCAGGUAUCAUGCUUGUGAGAGUUUAUAUAAUAUAGCAAAAGUCAGUAAAGGUGAAAUCCUCAUUCACUUCAACGAGAUAUUCGAUGCUCUAUCAAAGCUUUCUUCAGAUUCAGAAAUGUCAGUCAAAAACGGAGCGGAAUUAUUAGAUAGAUUAAUGAAAGAUAUAGUAGCGGAAGCUGCACCUCAUUACGUUUCGAUCUAUCCUGGAAAUUACAAUCCAAAUUUACCUCAUUCCCAUGCGCAACGGAUAGAAAAUGAAACGACGACCACAAGUAUAAACAACAAGUUAUCAGGUUUAGGUAUAAACUCUAAUGGUCAUAACAAUAUCGAAAAAGAUGGUAAUUUAGAUCCAUGUGCUAGUCCAAAGAUUGGUCUAGGUUUAGAUUCACCUUCCAAAUCUAAUGAUCAAUCCCACGGACAACAACAACGGGAAGAAGAUCGAAGAGCUUUUUCGUUAGCUAGAUUCAUACCUCUCCUUGCAGAACGAAUAUACGUUAUAUCACCGUAUACCAGGAUGCAUCUGGUUUCUUGGUUGAUGGUUCUGGAUUCUGUACCGGAUUUGGAAUUGGUAGCUUGGUUACCUGAAUUUCUAGAUGGGUUAUUGAAAUAUCUCGCAGAUGGGAAUGUCGAUGUCCGUCUAGCCACCGAAAAUGUUUUGGCGGAAUUCCUGCGGGAGAUCAAGUAUAUCGCUCAAGUACAGGAAAAACAGGCAGAGGAAAAUAGGUUGAAGAAGGAAACUCGUUCGGUUAGGACACGAGGAAGUAGACAUACUUUAGAGUCCGCUAUCGAAGAUGAAGAUGAAGCGAUUGCGGACGAGUCGAUGACAACCACUACUCAAUCUGGGUAUGAUCACGAUGAGGACGACAAUGAUUGGGAAGGUGAGGGCAGUGGGAAUUGGGUGCCGGGCCAAGGUGUUUUUGUGGACCAUGCGGCUAUCAUGGAUAUUGUCAUCCAGCAUUUAUCCUACCCAGAUGAACUGGUUCAGUCAACAGCAAUGGAAUGGAUUUUGACGUUCCUCGAAUUCGCCCAAAAUACCGUUGUAGCAUUUACACCACGUAUAGUGCCAGCUAUCCUACCCAACCUCGCUUCCCCACAUCGUCAUAUCAAACUCGCCGCUCACGAGACCAAUGGCUCAUUAUACCGAGUCAUACAAUCCCUUCCACUUCAAGUCCAACCUACUCCUGCAACGGCAUCCACAGCUACUGUCUUACUUCCCAGUACAAGUGCAUCCGUACCGCCACCUAUAUCAUCGGUAGCAGGUUCACCUCCAUCUACUCUGGCAUUGACAGGUACUUCUCCUAAUCCAAUAAAGAAAGAUUUCGCCUUAUCCUCCAGUACGACUGAUCCACCAGAUUCAGCCAAGACAACAUCCAACAUUCCCGUAAAUGAUCCUUUGGAUGUAACUCCAAGUACGACCAAGAACGCCACCAUAGGAGGAUCAGGUAUAACACAGACAUUAUCAGCUACCAACCUUCAAUCACAUAAAUUAAAAGGUACUUUACCGACUAUGUCCGAACCUGUCACUCCAGCUACGGGCGAAUUUCCAGGUUCGAUAAGUAAGAAGUCAUCAAUAAGACCUGAAUCACCACCUCAGAAUCAGCAAGGUCAAGGACAAGGACCACUUUCACCAACGAUCGAACAAGGUUUGUUAUUAGCGGAUGAUGUGGAUCCGUUUGACGUUCGAGAAACUGUUAACGUCCUGACAUUGCAAUUCUUGAGUGAUCAUGCUGAGACGAGAAUAGCGGCGUUGGAAUGGUUAUUGAUGCUACAUCUGAAAGCGCCUAAUAAGAUCCUGUCGAGAGAUAGUGGUACUUUCCCAGCUUUGUUGAAGACUUUAUCGGACCCUUCUGAAGAUGUCGUCAAACAUGAUUUGCAACUUCUAGCCCAGAUAUCAGCUUCAUCCGAAGAUUCAUAUUUCACCAGUUUCAUGGUAAAAGUAUUAGAGCUAUUCUCAACGGAUAGGAGAUUGUUGGAAACUCGAGGUAGUCUCAUCAUCAGACAGUUAUGCUUGCAUUUGAAUGCAGAGAGGAUAUUUAGGACCAUAGCGGAGAUUUUGGAGAAAGACGAUGACCUCGAAUUCGCAAGUAUGAUGGUAGUCAAGUUAAAUAUGAUCUUGAUCACUUCGCCUGAGUUGGCAGAUUUCAGAAGAAGACUGAAGAAUCUAGAAUCGAAGGAUGGUCAAAUGCUAUUCUCCUCACUGUACAGGUCAUGGUGUCACAAUGCCGUCGCGGCAUUUGCUCUGUGCUUGUUGGCUCAGGCUUAUGAACAUGCUUCGAACUUGCUCCAAAUAUUUGCUGAAUUGGAACUUACCGUACCGUUGCUUGUUCAAAUCGAUAAAUUAGUGAUGUUGAUUGAAUCGCCUGUAUUUACGAACCUCCGAUUACAACUUCUCGAACCUGAGAAAUACCCUUAUCUCCCCAAAUGCCUAUACGGUCUACUCAUGAUCCUGCCUCAAAGUAGCGCUUUCAUCUCUUUGAGAGCGAGGUUGUCGGUAGUACAUUCGUCAGGCUAUGUUCCCAUCUCCAGUACGAAGAGCUCGACAGGAUCUACUUUCUCUUCUGCUGCUGCGGUGACGAAGUCCAGGUUGGGUAAUAAGGAGGAAAUCAAAUGGCAGGAACUGUUAUCGCACUUCCGAUCGGUUCAAGCGAAACAUGAAAAAGCACGUCGUCAACUCCAUUCCGCCGAUCUACCCGGUUCUCUAUCAUCGAUUCACUACUCUUCACCAUCACAGAGUGGCUUGAACUCCAUACCUAAUCCGAGCUCCAUGCCAUCAGCAGGCCAGAAGAGUAGCGGAGGAGCGAUCAAGAAGAAAUCUGCAUCUACAUCUGCAUCAGCAUCAAGACAGAAUAGCGUCGAAAUAUCAGCAGCAGGCAUAGGGAGAAGUGGUAUAUCACCAUUGAAUCCUAAGAGGAUAACGUCAAUCUCUGGUCAACCUACUCCAACGCCCAGUGUAAGCAUCGGAGGAGCAGUAGCUUCUAUGAACCCCAAUAUCUCCAUAGGAGCUAGGUCGACAAGUCCUAUCCAUCCGGGGAGGAAAAAGUUGUUAGGUGGGUUGAGGAAAUCUACAGGUGGGGGUGGGAAUUAG